AUCACACUUUAGCUAAUCAUUAUGCCCUACGGUAGCAGGUCUGCACACAUAAGCUCUGCUGUAUCUUUUAAUCCCUCAUCACCCAUUAUGUCUUUUAGUCGACUGGGUGUGAGAACAAGCAUGUUCCAAGAUCCUGGACACAGACUGAGGAAUGAAAUUAAAAUGAUCAAUGGUUACCCAUAUUGUCCAAGUCAGAAGGAAAUCCUGAUGAAUUUGAAUGAUCGCCUGGCAGCUUAUCUUGAAAGAGUGAAGACUCUGGAAGUAUCUAACCAACAACUAGAGCUGAAGAUUAAAGAGCUGUCUGAGAAACGGAUGGUAGCCCGUGACAACAGCCGCUAUCAUAAGACCAUCUCUGAACUUAAGAGUCAGAUACAGAGGACAAAGGUUUUGAACUCUGAGCUAUGGCUGAACAUGGAGAAUACAAAAACUGCAGCAGAUGGCUUUAAAGCUAAGUAUGAAGCUGAACUAGCUCUGCGUCACAGCAUAGCUGCUGAUGUGAAGAAGCUAAAGGAUAACAGCAGUGAUCUGGAUAUGGAGAAACGUUGUCUGGAAGUAGAGUUGCAGAUCUUAGGUGAUGAGCUAGAAAACCUCAAGAAAGAUCUCAAUGAGAGGAGAAAUCAUCAUCUUCAUGAGAAAUCAAGGUGUCAAGUCAAUGUUGAAGUAGACAGCUCAACAGCAAUAGACUUACCCAAAGCCCUGGAGAAAAUGAGAGAGCAAUACAAGGAAAUAACCGACUAUUAUCAGAAAGCCUCAGGAGCUUUGAAUAAGCACAAGUACAAGGAAGUCACCCAUCUGAGCCGAGUUGGCACAAACUUUUUUUACAGCCACACUGGAGAGUUGAGUAUGUUGAGAAGGAAAGUGCAGGACCUGAAGGUUGAAAUCGAAGUUCUUUAUAGCAUGAAAUCUGUCGGAGAGGCGGCACUAUUUGAGACGGAGUCUGGUUAUGCUACUCAGUUGGAGAAGAUCCAGGAAGCUAUGUUAAAGAUAGAAGAUGAGUUGGCAAUAAUUAAAUCUGAAGCUGAAAGUUUGAAUUCUGACAGUAGACUAUUAUAUUAUCUGAAAGACCUUCUGGAGAUGGAAAUAAGAACAUACCGUAUGCUAAUGGACGAGGAGGAUAACAGGAUGCAAGAUGUGAUCGGGGAGUCUUCUUGUGAAAUUCCAAAUAACAGACACAUGUUAUUGUGUUUGAUUUCAGAGUCAUUUUCCGUCAUCACCAAAAACCCACCAGUCGAAGAUUUGACAAGUGGACACACAACACAUGGUGGCCUUUCAGGUUUCUAGAAAUCACAUGAUAAAAGUUAAUUAAAACUAUUUAUUGGUAUACAAAAUCAGCAGUCGUGAUUAGAUUUUUUUUUUUUUGUACAUGUUGAUUCAUAAGACAGGAGAUGUCUCAAUUCAUAAUGUCCAUGAAAUGCAUCUUAUACUGUAUUUAGGUACAUUGUAAAAUAAAACUAUAACCUCAAUUCUGUUAUUAUUUU